UGUAAAAAGAGCAUUAAUGAUGCAACUUACCUUAUUAUGAUUUACCUCAUUUGAAAUUGCUUAAGUACUUCAGUAAGAAUUACCUGUGAAUUUCAUGUAGAGGACCAAUGGCUAGUUCUAUGAAAAAUUCACUAUCUCAAGUUUGAGAUUACAAAAAUCAUGUGAUCUGAUGAAAACAAGCUCCAUUAAUAGUUAAAGCUAUAAAUAUGCAUUUCUAUCAUGAAUAGAAAUGUGGAUUAACAUAGAAAUUUAAUCAACUUUGGAAUCAUUGAAGCAAUAGAUUUUUGCAAAAAAUGUCCAAAAUAAUUAAAUGCCAAACAAAUUUCUUCCAUGAAAAUAAAAAAAUUCUCUCUCUGUUCACAAUGCUGUACAAUGUCUGAAUGAUCUUGAAUGGAAAUUCAAUAAAUCUACAAUGUACAAUUUGUAAAACUGAAACCAAAAAUGUCACUUGUGUGUGAAACUUUCCUUAUAAACAUGUAAUGAUAGGAUAUCUUGACAGCCGCUAAUAAUUAUAAAAAUGAUACACAAUUUGCAUUUGUAGAAGGAGGUGGUAUUCAGACAGCUCUCUUUGUGUUGUUGUCACUAAUCCAAAUACAGUUGCUUAAGAAAAGACAUAAAGUGUUCGCUCUUUUUUUGGAUCUUGAUAAAGCAUAUGAUAUGAUUAGCAUUACAGAUCUACAGAGUAAAAUGAAGAGAUGUGGAGCAAAUGAACUUAUGAUAGGGUUGCUGUUUGGAAAAUAUAAGACAAUCAUUAAACAAAAUACGAAUAUCUGGAUACCGUUUAUUACCUACAGAGGACUAUUACAAGGAGAUCCAUUGUCCCCACAUCUUUUCAAUUUUUAUCUAUUUGACCUAAAUAAUUGUUUUAAAAGAGAUGAAGAUGGUAUUCAAAUCGAAAAUCAGACAAGACAUACUAUAUCAUAUGCCGAUGACAUUGUGCUGGUAGCUCCAAUGGCAGCUGCGCUCCGUAGAAAGAUCCAACAAAUUUGUGAGUACUUAGAAAAGUUAAGAGUUAAAAUAAAUCCAAAAAAAUCAACAAUAAUGAUAUUUAGAAAUGGUAGUAAUGUAUCCAAAAAGCACAUGUCCUUUUUUAUUAAUAAAGAAGUGAAGAUAGUUAAGGAAAUUAAAUUUUUAGGAAUAACAUUUAUACCAAACCUUUUGUUUGAGAAACAUUAUAAAAAUUCACUAAAUAAAGCAAAAAUUGCAAUAAAUAACUUAAUUGGUCUAUUCUGUAAGGCAAAACUAAAGAACUUAGGAACACACUUUCAACUUUUUAAUUUGCUUGUGAUGAAUUCAAUGGGCUAUGCGGCCCCAGUUUGGAGUAUGGAUAAGUUUAAUGACUUUGAAAAAAUACGGAAUAUAUUUAUACGCAAGAUAUUCCAGUUAGAAUUUAAUAUCCUGGGCAGUGCUUUAAGAUUAGAAACAAAUAGAUUUAGAUUAAAUACUAUAUUAAUAAAAAGAUAUUUAAUGUUUCUCCAAAAAAUUAUUAAGGCAGAAGACAUAACAACAAAAUUACUGUUUUUACUAUAUCACAAAUCAAGGAAAACGGACUUAAGAAGAAGUUGGAUAAUACAGCUAUUGAAGAUAGUAAAUAAAUACAGAUUCUCUAUUAAAUUGUUUUUGGAUCGUACACAUAAUAUGGAGCAGUAUAGUAAAGAAAUAAUAUACAGAGCUAUGGAGCUCUCCAUUGUUCAAGACAUUGAGGAUAUACGAAAACGGGAAAACACAAGCUGAGUUCAUAUUAUAUGUGAAUGCUGUAAUG